AUGAGUUUAGCUUUACAAGAUUGGAAAUGGGAACCACUAAUUGAUUCCGAUUUAGAUAAGUGGUUGCUCAUGAAAGAUGAAGAAUCGGAAAAGGAAAUAAUUGAUCCCUCAAUCAAAGCACAUGAUUAUGGAGCAUCAAAUGAUGUCUCAGUUAAUGUUUCAGGCAACUGGAUAAAUGAUAGCAGUUGUGAGUAUAAAUUUUUUAUAUCAGUAAAGGAAAAUCUCGAGUUCAUUAUAUUCAACCAUAAUUAA